UCUUCCUCUUUUCAUUUUCCUCCUCCUCCCUCUUCUCCCUCGCUGCGACAUGAUCGUCUCCAUCGUCGCCUCAUCGUCGCCCCCAUCUCCUCCUCUCCUCUUUCGCCCCUGUGCCCUGACCCCACUCUCCACUCCUACUAGGGUUUUACACCUCAAAAACCCGACGAAGAUCUCGCGCAGCAGGAAACAGGGACGUAGAAGAGGAAGAAGGGGAGGUGUAUGCAGGGCCGAGCUCACACACGACGCCCCCUUCGCCGUCGCCAUUGGCGCCUGCGUCCUUAACUCUCUCAUAUUCCCCGUAACAUCUAAUGGCGAGGACGACGAUGGCGGUGGCGGUGGGGCUAUCGAUUCGACGGAUACGAGGUUGGCAGUGAUGGCGAUUAUUAGCUUCAUACCUUACUUUAAUUGGAUGAGUUGGGUUUUUGCGUGGCUUGAUAGUGGUAGGCAACGAUAUCUUGUGUACUCCAUCGUGUACUUGGCUCCAUACUUGAGAACAAACUUGUCACUAUCACCGGACGAAAGCUGGUUGCCUAUAGCAAGCAUACUAAUCUGCAUUGCCCACAUACAGCUGGAAACAAGUAUUAAGAACGGCGAUCUCAACGGCAUCAAUCUCUUUGAAGAAACUCUAAAGCUGAUUUUCCCGAAGAAAGAGACUCAGAUCCAGGGUCACCGAGAAUCAUCUAAAAAGGGCAGAAGCAGAAGAGAUACGAAGUUACCUUCAGCGCAUGAAUCAAGAGAGCGGUUCCGAGAAUGGGUGAACGAGAGAAAGCCACUUGAUGAGUUGGAAAACCUAAAUGAAAACACCGAUGCAGAGGAAGAGGAGGAUAAGUCACAGUAGGUAAGCAGUUGGCAAUAUCGUUUUCUUUACUUUUAUCUACUUGUUAUCUUCGUUUUGUUUCCCUUUUGUCCUGUCAUUUUGAGAUUAGCGUACUUGAUAGAGAAUUUAUGUGCUUGAAUGUAAGAUUGUAGGUUUUAGAACAAUAUAUGAUUCCAAAUUUUGCUAACCAACAUUGAAUUAUAGAAUGUGCUAUAUUUAGUUUAUCA